GGUCAAAACUGGUAAUUUGCGGCCAAUGAUGUAAGAUUUCUACGAAUGUUCAGCGACACAUUGAGAGAUAUGAUUGGCUGAAAAAUUGAAGAGGGUUUAGUGGUACAUCUAAACCCAGGCCAGACCCAGAGGGAGUUUAUUUUUUCAAUUUUUUCUUUUCAUUCAGUGGCCACUCCUUUCCCUUCCCUCCACCGUUUCUUCAGAUAAACCCUUUUCAUCUCCGACUUUCAAAAACUAUAAGCCAAUUCAAAUGGCUAGAGUGGCCUGCAGUAACCUUAUUCCUGCCUUAUCUCUUCUUCCAACCAAAUCACCAUCAUCAUUUCUGUGCGGAAACUCUUUUCUAUUCGCUAAGAGCUCUCAAUUUACAGGCGCUUUAGCAAUCAAUAGGCGGUUUUCUUCUUCUUCGAAGAUAAGCAUGAGCUUGAAAGCUGGCAUCGUCGGCCUCCCGAAUGUCGGAAAAUCUACUCUCUUCAACGCUGUUGUAGAAAAUGGAAAAGCUCAAGCAGCUAAUUUUCCUUUCUGUACGAUAGAACCAAAUGUAGGGACAGUUGCGGUGCCAGAUCCCCGACUCAAUGUUCUUUCUGAUCUUAGCAAGUCUCAGAGGGCUGUCCCGGCUUCCAUAGAAUUUGUGGACAUUGCUGGACUCGUGAAGGGCGCCAGUCAAGGCGAGGGUCUGGGUAAUAAGUUCUUAUCAAAUAUCCGUGAGGUUGACUCCAUUCUUCAGGUUGUGCGCUGUUUUGAAGAUAAUGACAUUGUCCAUGUAAGUGGCAAGGUUGAUCCCAAGUCUGAUAUUGAUGUAAUCAACUUAGAGCUCAUUUUCUCGGAUUUGGACCAGAUUGAGAAAAGACUAGAGAAGCUUAAAAAAGGGAAGGCAAAAGAUUCACAAUCUAAACUCAAGGAGGAAGCAGAAAAGGCAGCUUUGGAGAGAAUUCAGGGGGCACUGAUGGAUGGAAAACCAGCACGGUCUGUUGCAUUAACAGAUCUUGAAAAGGACGCCAUAAAGCAUCUCUGCUUGCUUACCAUAAAACCAGUCAUAUAUGUGGCAAAUGUUGCAGAAUCUGACCUAGCUGUUCCAGAAAGCAACCCGCAUGUCAAAGAAGUGAUGAAUCUUGCAUCAGAGUUGCAAUCUGGACUGGUCACGAUUUCUGCACAGGUUGAGUCAGAGCUCACUGAAUUACCACAUGAAGAAAGAACCGAAUAUUUGAAAUCACUUGGAGUCAGUGAAAGUGGUCUUGGAAACCUUAUUAGGGCAACAUAUAAUCUUUUGGGUCUGCGUACCUACUUUACUUCUGGUGAAAAGGAAACAAAAGCAUGGACCAUUUUAGCAGGAAUGACUGCACCUCAAGCUGCUGGAGUUAUACACUCCGACUUUGAGAAGGGUUUCAUUCGAGCUGAGACAGUGGCUUAUGAUGAUUUUGUUGCUGCUGGUUCAUUGGCAGCUGCAAGGGAAAAAGGACUGUUGAGAUCUGAGGGUAAAGAUUACAUUGUUCAAGAAGGAGAUGUAAUGCUAUUUCGUUUCAACGUUUGACAUUACCACCAUCAGAGCUGAAUUUAUCUUCUUGCUACUGUCUAUCCAGUUAAAAACAUUACAUAGCACCAACAGAAAACAGUGAAGUAUUCUUUCAUUAAUCUGCAAGCGAUGAUCUUACAAUUCAAAACCACAGAUUUUGUUCAUUUGGUUAUCCAUAUGAUUGUUUCAAUGCAAUAGCCUGAGAAUUAUUUAGAGAAUAGAUUUUUGAACAUACAUGGAGGUUGGAUGUGAAAUUGAAAGUAACAUUGCUUUUCUUUUGCCCCAUCCAUGGGGAUGUCAUUAUAGUUUAUAGUUAGGUUUAAAGAACAGCGUGUAUAAUGGAGGGAUCUGUAUUUACUUGAGCUCAUCUGGAUAGAGUUUGAGAGAUGGUCAUUUU